ACACGAAGAAGAACAAGAACAACCCGUGUAAAAACCAUUAACAUCCGGCGGCAUCAUCACCUUUGAGAGCGGUUAGCUAGCUAGUUGUCCCGCGAAUUUUAUAUUUGUUCAUUUCACACAGCGAUAAAAAUGCCAACACUGUGUUCAGCAUACAACUGCAAAAAUCGCGGUCCCAAAGCUGAUGUAGGAUUUUUUAGGUAAGUUUUACCGUCUUGCUCGAGAGCCACGUUAACGUUAUAGAUGCCUACUACGUUACGGUAGCUAGCUAUCUAGCUAACUAUGGUAGCUAAAGUAAAAGUUCGCGCUAACUAGCUAGUACAAAUAGUGUGCAGGAGAACCUAUUACAAAAAAAUCUUAGCUAGCUCGAUUCUAUGUUCUUUUGCGAUGCUGUUCUCUUAGAAAUCUACAUAAAUAAUUUUUGGAUUUACUGUUCAUCAUUUGAUACUAUUGUGAUAACAAUUUGCUGGUGUAUUAAUGUUUUUGGUAACAGUUUCCCCAAAAAAUGACCCUGAAAGACGCAAACGAUGGAUUAUUAAUAUGAAGUGGAAAGACUGGAAUCCGCAACACCACCACCGUGUGUGCUCCAUUCACUUCGAAGACAAAUACAUUUGCCGGAUGGACAAACGUCAACGGCUCACGCCAGAUGCAGUCCCGACCAUUUUUGACUUCCCAGAAAAUUUUCAAAAGAAGAAGGUACGCAGCAACCGAACAAUUGAUCUAGCUAGCUAUAUCCCAAAGUCAGUAGAACUAACUACACAAAUAACACGGUGUUUUAUAAAAUAUUUAGCAUCUAGUAAACGUGUGAUUUCAAAAUAAAUGUGUUCCUUCUACAGGCAUCCAUCCACCCACAGAGUAGAAGAGCCAGGGUAAGGCACAGGGAGAGGCUAAUAACUCAUUGGCUAUAUUUGGCAUCACACAUGGCACGUUAGUGUCCAUCUUGAUAUUGUAUUGCAUUUGAUGUAGCUCUGCUAUGUUUUCACUUGGUAAGUGAAGCAUUGAUAUGGAAAUGCAUAGCCUAGACACGGUACGUUUUAAAGUACAUGCGUCCACGCAGUAAUGGUGGUCAUUCUCUUUGUUUUUUGCAUGCAGAGUGAUGGGUUGCCAGUGAAGUAUACUGCUGCCCCUGCUGUUACAGUGGCUGAACCUGUCACAACACCAAGCCCCACCAUCACAUCGACUAAAGACUCUACUAAGUAAAUAACCUUGUGAAUUUAAUCAUGUUCUUGCCCUUUUUGGAAUGCACAACGUCACUGUAGAGCAGUAUGAUUUCUACCUGUGUUGUAGUGCUUGCUUUUUAUAUUGUCAACUUCUGUUUUUGAAGGAUCAGAGCUCCAGAAAAAGUGACCUCUAAAGUUGGUAUAUCCACGUAGAUGAAGAAAUCCAAAUGGCUGAAUCCCUCCCAGGUUUCUUCCACAGUGACUACUGUCUACCACACGUGAGUGUCUCUAGGUGGUCUGAUUGGACUAUUGCUUUGCCUGAUAUACAGGGAUUAUUUACUGGGCUUUUGUAGUAGACAUUUUCUCAAAUUUUCCUCAUAUUGAUCUUUGCAGAGUAUUCGCUGGGGAUUCAAAGAUGAUGUUGCCCCGAAGGUAAGUUGUUUACUCACUGGAAUAACCAAUAGCUUAUGCUACAUACCAAUAGCUUAUGCUAAGAAUUUGAUAAACAGUACACUUUAUUUUCAGGUGGCAUGUGAGAACAUGGAGUUCCAACUUCCACCCCUCAAGCACAUAAUAGAGGUAAUGAAGGAUGUAUAAACAUUCAGUCUCUAAUACAGGGCUAGGAAUAGAGCCUCCAACAAGUUGAUCAUUGAUUCAUUGGCCUGUCUUUUUUGAAUAUGUCUCACUCUGGAUCUAAAACCUAUAAGAAUAUCAUUAAAACAGUACUAUACAUUGUCUCCCAUUCUUACCCAGAUCACAGAGGCAUGGGAGUGGCUGGGUAUGGACAUCAGAGGGCCGCUGCCCCUAACACCGAACGGACACCAGUAUGUUCUGACCUUGACAGACUUCUACUCCAAAUGGGUGGAGGCCUUCCCUCUGAGAGGUUGUAGCUCUACUGAGGUGGCACAGCAUGUAGCUGAAGUCAUCUCUCACUUUGGUUUCCCCUUUGGAAUCCUUGUUCGACUGAAGAGGAAGUUUACCAGUAAGGUGAGAGGCAAAAAUAUAUUUUGUCACAUACUUACUGUUACACAUACCUUGCUACAAUCUCGAGGUUGGUUCAUAUAUGCAGUAGCGGUCACUAGGUCAAGAGUGGUUCAUUAGACAAUCGUAUGAGCUGUUUACAUUUAUUCAUGUUUCAGAUCAACCUUGCCUUGAACAGUCAUCUGAAGCUGAGGGGGUUCUCUCUCUUAUACCGCCAUCGGCAAGUUGGAUCAUUGGAUCUGGCCACACAGACCCUGAUCAGCAGGUUUGUGUUUUAGACACAUUCCUUUCUGUGGUGUUUAAUUUCAUACUCAACUUUGACCAUGGUGGCCUUCACCCCAACAGGAUGGUGUCUGAUCUUGUGAAAGACCAUCCAGACAACUGGGAUGUCUGCCUCCCUGCAAAGGUGUUCAGCCUGUGUUUCAAGGAGCACCCCAAGACCAAGCAGAGACCUUUCUCUCUUCUGUGCUGCAAAGGACCACAGCCGGUCACCACCCCCAGGGAUCUGUCUGUAAGUUUUCUCUGUAGUUAUAGCUAAACUCUUAUCAUAAUGGAUUGCAUUUCAAUUGAAUGGGUGUGUUUCUGCCUGUCCUCCUAUAUUUCCUACAGUUCAGUCCUGCAGAGCUCAGAGAGAGUUCCUUUGCAAUCCAGUCCACUCAAGAGAGUGGGCAUGACACUGAUGCGCAAGGUGAGUGCAAUCCCUGUACUAUACGAUAUAUAUAUAUAUAUAUAUAUCACACACUGCAGUGAUAGUUAAAGGGAUACUUUGGGAUUUUGGCAGUGCCAGAUGAACUUGUGGAUACCAUUUUUAUGUCUCUGUGUCCAGUAUGAAGGACGUUGGAGGUAGUUUUGCGAGCCAACGCUAACUAAGUAAAAAGGAAAUAGUAACACAAUAAAAACUGAGGCUAUAUACAAGGAGUACCAGUACCGAGUCAAUGUGCAGGGGUACAAUGUAGUUGAGGUAAUACAUUAUGUAUGUGUGGAAAGGGGUGAAAGUGACUAGGCAGUCAAGAUUGAUGAUAAACAGAGUAGCAGCAGCGUAUGUGAAGAGUAAGUGUGUGUGGCGUCAAUAUGCAUGUGUUUUGUGUGGGUAGAGCCUAGUGAGUGUGCAUAUAGCCAGUGCAAGGGAGUCAGUGCAAAACAAUUAAGAUAAAUAAAUAAAUAAUAAAGGGGGUCAAUGUAAAUGGUCCGGGUAGCCAUUUGAUUUACUGUUAAGCAGUCUCGUGGCUUGGGGAGUAGAAGCUGUUAAGGUGCGUUUUGGUCCCAGACUUGGCGCUCCGGUACCGCUUGCCGUAGAGAGAAGCAGAGCAGAGAGAAGUCUGACUUGGGUGGCUGGAGUCUUUGAAAUUGUUUAGGGCCUUCCUCUGUCACCACCUGGUAUAGAGGUCCUGGAUGGCAGGGAGUUCGGUCCCAGUGAUGUACUGGGCUGUACGCACUACCCUCUGUAGCGCCUUGCGGUUGAGUACCGAGCAGUUGCCAUACAAAGCAAUCAAGAUACUCUCAAUGGUGUAGCUGUAGAACCUUUUGAGGAUCUGAGGGCUCAUGCCAAGCCUCCUGAGGGGGAAGAGGCAUUGUCGUGCCCUCUUCACAACUGUUGCUGCGCUUGGACCAUGAUAGGUCCUUAGUGAUGUGGACAACCAGGAACUUGAGGCUCUCGACCCGCUCCACUACAGCCCCGUCGAUGUGAAUGGGGGCGUGUUCGGCCCUCCGUUUCCUGUAGUCCACGAUAAGCUCCUUUGUUUUGCCCACGUUGAGGGAGAAGUUAUUGUCCUGCCAGGUCUCUGACCUCCCUAUAGGCUUUCUCAUCGUCGUUGGUGAUCAGGCCUACCACCAUUACAUUACUCUUAUCCAGAGCGACUUACAGUUAGUGACUGCAUACAUGUUAUUUUUUACUGGCCCCCGGUGGGAAACGAACCCACAUCCCUGCCGGCCAAACCCUCCCCUACCUUGGACGACGCUGGACCAAUUGUGCACCGCCCAUGGGUCUCCCGGUCGCGGCCGGCUGCGACAGAGCCUGGACUCGAACCAGGAUCUCUAGUGGCACAGCUAGCACUGCGCCACUCGGGAGUACACACAGGGAGUACACCAUGUCAUCUGCAAACUUAAUGAUGGUGUUGGAGUCAUGCGCUGCCACGCAGUCGUGGGUGAACAGGGAGUACAGGAGGGGACUGAGCACACGCCCCCGUGUUAAGGGUCAACGUGGCAGAUUUGUUGUUGCCUACCCUCACCACCUGGGGGCGGCCCGUCAGGAAGUCCAGGAUCCAGUUGCAGAGGGAGGUGUUUAGUCCCAGGGUCCUUAGCUUAGUGAUGAGCUUGGAGGGCACUAUGGUAUUGAAUGCUGAGGUGUAGUAAAUGAACAGCAUUCUCACAUAGGUGUUCCUUUUGUCCAGGUGGGAAAGGGCAGUGUGGAUUGCAAUAGAGAUUGCGUCAUCUGUGGAUCUGUUGGAGCGGUAUGCGAAUUGGAGUGGGUACAAGGUGUCUGGGAUGAUGGUGUUGACGUGAGCCAUGACCAGCCUUUCAAAGCAUUUCAUGGCUACAGGUGUGAGUGCUACGGGGCGGUAGUCAUUUAGACAGGUUACCUUAGCGUUCUUAGGCACAGGGACUAUGGAAGUUUGCUUAAAACAUGUAGGUAUUACAGACUGGGUCAGAGAGGGGUUGAAGAUGUCAGCGCAUACUCUGAGUAUGCGUCCUGGUAAUCCGUCUGGCCCUGCGACCUUUUGAAUGUUAACCUGUUAAAGGUCUUAGAGUGAUAAUACAGUCAUCCUGAACAGCUGGUGCUCUCACGCAUGGUUCAUUGUUGCUUGCCUCGAAGCGAGCAUAGCAUGCAUUUGAGCAUAGAAGGCAAUUAGCUCGUCUGGUAGGCUCAUGUCACAGGGCAGCUCAUGGCUGGGUUUCUCUUUGUGAUUGUUUGCAAGCCCUGCCACAUCCGACGAGAGUCAGAGAUGGUGUAGUAGGAUUCGAUCUUAGUCCCUUAUUGACACUUUGCCUGUUUGAUGGUUCGUCGGAGGGCGCAGGGGGAUUUCUUAUUAGUCGUCCGGAUUAGUGUCCUGCUCCUUGAAAGGGGCAGCUCUAGCCUUUAGCUCAGUGGGGAUGUUGCCUGUAAUCCAUGGCUUCUGGUUGGGUAUGUACGGUCACUGUGGGGACAACAUUGUCGAUGCACUUAUUAAUGAAGCCGGUAACUGGUAAACUCCUCAAUGCCGUCGGAUGAAUCCCGGAACAUAUUCCAUCCAGUCUGUGCUAGCGAAAUAGUGCUGUAGUUUAGCAUCCGCUUCAUCUGACCACUUCCAUAUUGAGCGCAUCACUGGUGCUUCCUGUUUGAGUUUUGGCUUGUAAACAGGAAUCAGGAGGAUAGAGUUAUGGACCAAUUUGCCAAAUGGAGGGCGGGGGAGAGCUUUGUAAGCAUCUCUGUGUGUGGAGUAAAGGUGAUCUAGAGGUGACAUGCUGGUAAAACGAAUUUCAGUUUUCCUGCAUUCAAAUCACCAGCAUCUGUAUGAGGAUUUUCUUGUUUGCUUUUGGUCCUAUACAGCUGGUUGAGUGCGGUCUUAGUGCCAGCAUCGGUUUGUGGUGGUAAAUAGACAGCUACGAAAAAAUACAGAAACACUUUUGGUAAAUAGUAUGGUCUACAGCUUAUCGUGAGAUAUAACUCAGGCGAGCAGAACCUUGAGACUUACUUAAUAUUAGAGAUCUCGCACCAGCUGUUACAGUUCAGACUUUCCUAAAGAGGUUUUGGAAUAACUUGCUGUCAACAUAUUUAUUGUUCAAGUGAGUACUUUGAUUGUUAACUGUUCUAUAUUGUAGUUGUCUUUUAUGGUAUGUUACUAACAUAAUUGUAAUUUGUUGAUCAUAUUGUGUUUAUCUGUAAUUACAGACAUGGUUGGCAUUGAAUCUGGGAAGGAAACGGCUGGAAAGAGCACAGUUACGAGGAUCUCCUUUUUUAGGAGCAACACCGAUGGUAACACUGAUGGUAACACAGACGGUCACCCCAACAGUAACACAGACAGUAACGGUAACCCCAACACCAACAGUAACACAGACGGUAAUCCCAACACCAACACAGACAGUAACACAGACGGUCACCCCAACAGUAACGCAGACAGUAAUAUGUAUGGUAACCCCAACAACAACAGUAGCACGGACGGUAACCCCAACACCAACACAGACAGUAACACAGACGGUCACCCCAACAGUAACACAGACAGUAAUAUGGAUGGUAACCCCAACAACAACAGUAGCACGGACGGUAACCCCAACACAGACAGUAACACAGACGGUCAACCCAACAGUAACACGGACGGUAACCCCAACACCAACAGUAUCACAGACGGUAACACCAACAGUAACACAGACGGUCAACCCAACAGUAACACAGACGGUAACCCUAACACCGACAGUUGCAGAGACUGUAAUAUGGACGGUAACCCCAACAGUAGCACAGACGGUAACCCCAACAGUAACACGGAUGGUAACCCCAACAACAGUAGCACGGACGGUAACACCAACCGUAACACAGACGGGAAUCCUAACACCAACACAGACGGUAACCCCAACAGUGAGCGAUCCUCUGAAGAUAAUCAUGCCAUGGAAAACUGA